AAACAUUAACAAACGCAUGCGCACAGCGAACUAUCAACAACAACUACAUUUCAAGUGAUGGAUGCAACUGUAAGACCCCUCAGAAUCCCUCCUGAGAUGGCCAUUUAUGCAGAGAAACAUGAUAUAUUUCAUCUGGUUCAGACUCUACUGAAAAAUUUGAUGGUGAACAAACCGGAGGACCCCAUUCAACACCUGAUUAACUUGCUGAAAUGGGACAGUGUUGAUGUGCCAAGAAUCAUAAUAUUGGGUCCUCCAGCAUCUGGGAAAAGAACCAUAGCUAAAAAGUUAUGUGAGCACACACAGGCUAUUCACUUAACUUUUAGUGAUAUCUUCAAGGAUGACAGUGACCUGACCAGAGCUGCACAGAAUCAAGAUACAAAACAGAAGAUCCCCAAAGAGGUCUGGAGCCAGUUGAUUCAGCAACGCCUUUCAAAACCCGACUGUGUUCGACGGGGCUGGGUUUUGGAAGCCAUUCCCAAGACGCAAGAAGAGGCACUAAGUCUGCAAGAAGCAGGCAUCACCCCAGAUCAUGUUGUGAUGCUGGAAGCUCCUGACGUCGUUCUGAUUGAAAGGAGCGCGGGCAAGAGGAUAGACCCUGUCUCAGGAGAUGUAUAUCACGUCACCUUCAUGUGGCCUGAAAGUGAAGAGGUUGCACAGCGUUUAGAAACACCCAAGACACUGAUGCCUGCUGAUCUUAUAGCAAAAAAGCUGCAGAAAUACCACACAGAAGCUCAUGCUCUGAGGCGCACCUACCACAGCUGCCUGAAGACCAUCAAUGCUGACCAGCCCCAUGUAGACGUUUACUCUCAAGUGCUGAACUAUGUUCAGACUCCACGUCACUCUGCUUCACCCUACACUCCCAGAAUCCUACUGUUGGGACCCCCAGGUUCAGGAAAGAGUCUUCAGGCAAAAAAAAUUGCUCAGAAAUAUGGCAUUGUCAACAUUUGUUGUGGUGAGUUUCUGAAGGCUGUGUCAGCUGAUGAGAACCAUAUGGGGGAGCUCAUUAAACCCUACCUGGAGUCAGAACAGCAAGUGCCAUCCAGUAUAGUCCUGCGGAUCCUUACAGAGAGACUGAGCAGGAUGGACUGUACCACACGAGGCUGGGUGCUCCAUGGAUUUCCUCAAGAUGUGGAGCAGGCAGAAAAACUCCAAGAGUCUAAUUUCCUACCAAACAGGGUCUUCUUCCUGGAGAUGACUGAUGACAUUGCUAUCCAGAGGGUAACACUUAGGAGUGUGGAUCCUGUGACUGGAGAAUGGUAUCACACAGUGAAUAAACCCGCCCCUAGUCCAGAAGUGCAGGCCCGGCUUCGGUUUGACCCGAGAAAUUCAGAGGCACGACUGCUAAGAAGGCUUAAGGAGUACUGGAGCCAUGCAGUGGACCUGCAGGCUUUUUACCCACAGGCAGUGUAUAUCAAUGCUGACCAGGACCCACACACCGUGUUUGAGUCACUGGAGAGUAGGCUAGUGGACCGACUACCCAAAGUCAUGUCUAAACGAGAAACAUGUGAGGGCUAAUCCUCUUUAAACACUGUUAGAGGGAUACUCCACCUAAAAAAUUUAAUUCUCUCACAAUUUACACACUCUCAUGCCUUCCCAGGUGUAUCUGACUUUCAUCUUUGGACCAAAUAUGGAGAUUCAAUCAAUCUCUCUCUCUGGGUCCAUAUAAUGCAAAUGAAUGGGUCCCUCAAAGUUUACGCUUCAAAACCUACAUGAAACAAACACGACUGUAAUCCAUACGACUCAAGUGGAUAAAUCAAUGUCUUCUGAAGUGAAACGAUAGGUAUGUAAGAAAAAUAUGAAUAUUUAAAACUUUUUAUGCGAUAAACCAUUGCUUCUGGCCAAAUGUCAAUGCUUGGCAUAACGUCAGCACGUUGUAAAACUCAAGAAGUCAUGUGGAAACACAGAUAACGUCACUUCUUGAGUUUCACAAACAAUAUUUGUGUCAAGCAUGGACUCAUAUGACAGUUGACCAUAAGCAAUGAUUUAUAGUGUAAAAGUUUGGAUCAGUUUUUUUUACACACACAUAUCGUUUUGCUUCAGAAGACAAUGAUUCAUCCUCUGCCAUUAUGGAUUAGCUUUAAGCAUACACAGCUUUAAUGUGAAUUCUAGUUCUGUUUGUUGUGCUUUUAUUUUUCUCCUGUCAUUUGUACAUCUGUACAUCUGAAAGGCUACUUAAUAAAUUUCUUUUAAAUUUGA